AUGGUUGACGCCGUAACAUCACAACUUAGCAAUACCAAGCUAGGGGAAACGGAAGGAUCAUGGAAAGACCAGUUGAAGAUCCCCGCAAAGGAUAACCGAACACAGACUGAGGAUGUUACCGCGACCAAAGGCCUCGAAUUCGAAGAUUUUUAUAUCAAGCGGGAGUUGAUGAUGGGAAUUUUUGAGGCUGGUUUUGAGAAGCCAUCCCCCAUUCAAGAAGAGACGAUACCUGUGGCGCUGACGGGACGCGAUAUCCUUGCACGAGCGAAGAACGGUACUGGAAAGACCGCAGCAUUCAUCAUCCCUACUCUAGAACGCAUAAAUCCAAAGAGCACAAAGACACAAGCUCUCAUCCUCGUCCCUACUCGAGAACUCGCUCUCCAAACUUCGCAGGUUUGCAAGACCCUUGGAAAACACCUUGGCAUCAAUGUGAUGGUCACCACUGGUGGUACUGGGCUAAUGGACGAUAUUAUCCGUUUGAAUGAUACUGUGCACAUCAUUGUCGGAACACCCGGCAGAGUUCUUGAUCUGGCAAGCAAAGGCGUCGCUGACCUCUCGGAAUGCCCUACCUUUGUUAUGGACGAAGCCGAUAAGCUCCUUUCUCCUGAAUUUACGCCCGUCAUUGAACAGCUCCUCUCUUUCCACCCCAAGGAUCGUCAGGUUAUGCUCUUCAGUGCUACAUUCCCUAUGAUUGUUAAAUCCUUCAAGGACAAGCACAUGCGCAACCCUUAUGAAAUCAACUUGAUGGACGAACUUACCCUUCGUGGUAUUACACAAUACUACGCCUUUGUCGAGGAAAAGCAAAAGGUCCAUUGUCUCAACACACUGUUCUCGAAACUGCAAAUAAACCAGUCCAUCAUCUUCUGCAACUCAACAAACCGUGUAGAGUUGCUGGCAAAGAAGAUUACCGAACUCGGAUACUCUUGCUUCUACUCCCAUGCCCGAAUGCUCCAACACAACCGAAACCGUGUUUUCCACGACUUCCGUAACGGUGUUUGCCGUAACCUUGUCUGUUCCGAUUUGUUGACUCGUGGUAUCGAUAUUCAAGCGGUCAAUGUCGUGAUCAAUUUCGAUUUCCCAAAGAAUGCUGAAACGUAUCUCCAUCGUAUUGGGCGUUCUGGACGUUUCGGACAUUUGGGUUUGGCAAUCAACUUGAUCAACUGGGAUGAUCGAUUCAACCUUUACAAGAUUGAGCAGGAGCUAGGCACCGAAAUCCAGCCCAUCCCGCAAUCCAUUGAUAAGAAGCUCUACGUCUACGACUCUCCAGACACUAUCCCACGUCCUAUCGCUUCUGGACCUCAGCCUGGCACAGAGGGUCAACAGCGUAGCGAAAAGCAGGGAUACCGCCAGGGCAACCAUCAUCCAGGUGGCCGCUACAGCAACAACAACUCAAGCCGCGGACGAGGAAACUAUCGUGGCAGAGGCGGUCAAGGUCAGCGCCGAGGUGGUGGAUAUCAAAACGCUCAUGCUCAUGACGGCACCAAACCGCAGCCCACCCCUGCUUCUUAAUUGAUAAAUGCCGUUGUGUUUUUCUUGUAUCGGUUGUUCUCGCGAUUCAGAAUCUAACUUACAAGCUGAUUACAGCCUAGAGAACAUUUUACGUUGAA